UAUAUACAUCCAUUUCCAAGAGCAAAGAAAAAUAAUUUUCAUUUAUAUAAAUAUAUAUAAUGGCACGAAAUGGAAAAAAAAUUUGCUAUGAAUUCUGGUGUGGUGUAGUUGAGAAUUACAAGAUUUGAUAAAAGAAAAAGAAAUGGGAAGAGCUCCUUGUUGUUCAAAAGUUGGGUUGCAUAGAGGACCAUGGACUCCUAGAGAAGACACAUUGCUUAUUAAAUAUAUCCAAGCUCAUGGAGAAGGCAAUUGGAGGUCCUUGCCUAAAAAAGCUGGUCUCCUCAGAUGUGGAAAAAGCUGCAGACUAAGAUGGAUGAAUUAUCUAAGACCAGACAUUAAAAGAGGGAACAUUACUCCUGAUGAGGACGAUCUUAUUAUUAGAAUGCAUUCUCUUCUUGGUAACCGAUGGUCUUUAAUUGCUGGAAGGCUUCCAGGUCGAACUGAUAAUGAGAUCAAGAACUAUUGGAACACCCAUCUCAGCAAGAAACUUAGAAGCCAAGGUACUGACCCUCAUACCCAUAAAAAAUUACCAGAGCCAAUUCUUCAAGAAGGAACAAAAAAGAAGAAGAAAAACAAUAAUAACAACAAGAAAAACACGAAAAGCAAAGAAAAAAUGGAGCCUGAAAAGCCAAAAAUCCAUCUGCCUAUACCUGUUAGGUUUACUUGCUUAUCUUUGCCAAGAAAUGACAGUUUUGAGUGCAAUAGUCUUUGUUCAAGCGCAGGAGGAGAAGGAGGUUCAAGCGCAGAAGCGGUUGUAGGCAAUAAUUGGUUUAAUUUCAAAGAAAAUGAUGAUCAUGGGAUUAGCUUCCUUGUUGGAGAUGUUGGACAUGAAUUUGUUAACGGCACAGAUCAUGAUGAUCUUGCACCUACAGAAAGCGGCAACCUAGAGAAACUCUAUGAAGAGUAUUUGCUGCUUCUGAAGACUGAUGAUCGUGAUCAAGUAAAACUGGACUCUUUUGCAGAGUCAUUACUGCUGUGAAAAAAGAAAAGGAAUUUUUUUUUCUCAAUUUAAUUACUAAUUAUAAUUGCUGUAAAUAAAUAAAAUUAAGUGAAGGAAAUAAAUGCAUGCAGGUCAGAGAUGUUGAUGUUACGUGCAUGGAUAGAAAUGGUUGGUGGGUUUGAAUCUUAGAUUCGCGUGCUUACCUUCCAGCCAAUUUGGAUUGGAUUCAUGGCCUCCAUACAUUAUCUCGUCAUGUUGAUUAUUGAAAAGGAAAAAUUAUUGUUUGGAAGAUAAAAAAUAGUAAGGACAGAGUAUGGAAGAAGAAUUCUCUCUUUUCGGAAA